UCCAGAAUCUGCUUACAACAAAGUUUUUUGCCGAGCGAGAUCGACCAUCGAACGUGUCAAUGGAAUACUAAAAAUGAGAUUUCGUUGCCUACUCAAACAUCGUGUCUUCCACUACAAUCCUACAACUGCUGCCAAAAUCGUGAACACUUGGGCUAUCCUUCACAACAUGGCCAUUAUGGAUGGCUUCGAAUUUCCUGCUGUUGUCACGAAGCAACAACACUUUCCACAGCGAUAUUAAGAAUUCUCCCGAACUACUGUGUGACUUAUAUACUCCUCGCUCUAGUUAUGAUCGUAAACCCCAUGCUUUACGUUGCUUCAACACGAGACCUGGAAACCGCCGUCACUUGCAGACUCUCGCAAAUGACGGGAAGAGAGAGAAAACUCGUUAAAACGAUCAAAUUGAAGUUUGCGCUCAUAAAUAUUGUUUACUACCUCUGUUGGCUACCAAAUCUCAUAAAUGGAGUUUUAUUAUGGAGUUUAUGGUUCAAGUUGCCGGUGAAAAUUAUCAUCACCCUCUGGUACAUUAUGGUACAACCUUGAUACAACGAAACAGUUUUUAGCGGAAAAUAAGACAAUUCCAAACAGUAUAGUAGAAGAAGAACAGACUAAUAGUGAAACAUAUGAGUAAAAAGCAUGAAAUAAAGUAAUAAUAAUAAAAAUAAUGAUAAAAAUAAAAAUAUUGGAAAGGGAGAAGGGUCCGGCACUAAGAGACGAAUGAGACA